GAUAAACAAAGAGAAAGAAACCAUCCAGAGAGGGAGAUAAGAAAAUGGGGGAGAUGAUAAAUACUAAUGGAGAAAGAAUUAAGGGUUCAUGGAGUAGAGAAGAAGAUGAGAAACUAACAAAACUAGUAGAAGAAAAUGGAGCAAGAAAUUGGUCAGUAAUAAGUUUAGGAAUACCAGGAAGAUCAGGAAAAUCAUGUAGAUUAAGAUGGUGUAACCAGUUAAGUCCAGAUGUGAAACACAAACCAUUUUCAUUAGAAGAAGAUAGUAUAAUUAUCAAAGCUCAUACAGUUCAUGGUAAUAAAUGGGCUUCUAUUGCUCGUUUAUUGCCUGGUAGGACUGAUAAUGCUGUUAAGAAUCAUUGGAAUUCAACUCUUCGUCGUCGUGGUUAUCAACUCGGAAGCGGUGGUGGUGUUUCUGAAUCGGCGUCUUCUUCUGGUUCGUCUGAUUCUGAUGAAUCAGCUAAGAAACGUCAAUGUAUUAGAUUACCUUCACCUGGUUCGUCUCUUGAUGUUCAGAAUAAAUGUCAUGAUGUUGGAUCGGAGCAGGUCGGUAACGGGUUAGUUACUUCUCUUACUUUAUCUCCGCCUGGGAAGAGUGAAUCUCCGGUUUCGGAUCAAGUCGGGGUCGUAGUACCACACCCACCAGUUGCAACAGGGGCGUAUGCUGGCCAAAAUGAGGUGAAUGUGAAGGAGGGUGAAGUGCGCGUCAAAGAAGAGGAUAGAGAAAUUGAAAGAGGUAGAAGUUUGAAGGGUAUGAAAGAGAUGUGUUUGAUGAGUAUUAUGCAACGUAUGAUUGCAGAGGAAGUGAGAAAUUACAUCAACAGAGUUGGCAAGUCUCAGGGACAGGGUCGUGGGUUGAAUCAUGACGGGCUAGGGGUUGCAGAGGAAGGAAACUAGAUUUUUCUUUUUUUUCUUUCACUUCAGAAUAACACAGUUCAGAUCACGACCAAUGUAAUCUUUGUUUUGUGUAGGUCUUCUAAAAACAAUAACAUCAAGGAGCAUUUGCAGUGUUAAA